AUGGUUUUGAUGAAAUUGUCGGCGGCUUCGUUUUGGGCCCUUGUUGCAUUGGCGGUCGCUUUGAAUGCCGGCCGUGCAUUAACCCAAUCAAAUAAUGCUGUCAAAGAAAAGUUAAAAGUAAUGGUUCUCUAUGAGUCCCUGUGUCCGGACAGUGUACGUUUUAUUAAUUCCCAGCUGGGACCAAAUUAUGAUGCGCUAAAGGAUUAUAUUGAUGUCACAUUGGUGCCAUUUGGUAAAUCAAAGUCUAUUAACAACAAUGGCCUCUAUCAAUUCUUCUGUCAACAUGGACCCAAAGAAUGUGAAGGUAAUCGUGAACAACUGUGUGUUCUACAGCAGACAACCGAUCAGGAAGCACAGGUCAACUUUGUCGUCUGCCAGAUGAGAAAACGUGAUGUUAUCGAUAUUAGAGAGUGUGCCGAAUCUUUUGGCUUAUCCAGUGACAUUGAUGACUGCAUGCACAACGGGCUGGGUACCUCACUGCAACUGGAAUCGGAGCGGGUUACAAAUCUGUACAAGCCACAGUUCGUACCAACGAUAGUCUAUGAUGGUGUUUUCGAUCAGCAAUUGCAGGACAAUUCAUUGCGUGACUUCCGUGGCACUGUCUGUUAUCUGUUGCAACGACGUGGUGAUAUUUCUUUUCAUUCGGAGGUCUGUCAAUAGGCAACGGA